AUGUCAGCGGUAGAUGUUAAGGAAGAGCCUGGGUCGCCUGGAUUUGAGGAUGAUGUGUCAUUGUCACCAUCCUCACCUCGACCAUCUGGCAGUUUAGAUGAUCAGGACGUACCGACUCGCGAUGGAGCGGAAGAAGAGGAAGAAAUAUUUGAAGAUUCUUUGGACUUAGAUACAUCAGGAGCCUCUUCUAAGGUAUGGCUAGUACGAUUGCCUAAAUUUUUGAUGGAGAGAUGGAAAGAUGUUGAUAAAAUUAGCGAUAGCGAACUAGGCAAAGUGCGAAUUCGUAAUCAACAGGGAAAUGAGCCUUGGAAAGUCAAGUUGGUCUUAAACGAUACACCAGAAACAGCAGAUAUUCCUCAUGAAUAUGACAUCUCUUUAGUUAAACAAGUGGUUGAUAACACUUUUGUGUUUACAGAGAAAGAUUUACCCAAGUUUUCCAAACCUCAAGAUAAGGAGACCACAAACCCAACAACAGCUGCAGCCAACCGUCUUGCAGCUCUCAAUAAAGCAAAAAACAAAUAUAACAAUCGAAAGAACUAUUUUAAAAAUUCGUCUCCUGGAGUCGGAUCUGAUGGAAACAAUGGCAAUUCAUCGGAUAGCGGAAUUUCGUCACCCAGAUUCGUACCUUAUGUCAAGACAAUUCCCAAAAAAACGGCGCUUGUUGGUACUGCCUGUCAUGAAUGUCUCGUGAUGCCAUCUAUGAAAGACCCUAACUAUGCAAAGGUAGUAUCACAACGUAAGGCAUUGGAGUCCGAAUCAUCUGCUGCUAAGGUUACCUUUCUCAAUGAAAUGCCGGGUGUCAAUGCUGCUACUUUUGGUCAAUCACUGCGGAACAAGCCUGGGGCAUUCAUCCGAUCGACCAAGAAAGAUAUUGCCAAAUCUAGCGAAGGCAAAGCCACCCGUAUCCCUAAGAACGAAUUACUGGAUCUGCUAUUUAAACUUUUUGAGGAAUAUGAUUACUGGAGUUUGAAAGGCUUGCGAGAACGCACCAAGCAACCCGAAACUUACCUUAAAGAAGUGCUUGACACUAUGGCCAUCCUUAUCAAAAAGGGUCCAUAUGCAAUGAAAUAUACUUUGAAGCCCGAGUUUAAACAGAUAAAGGGUAAAGAAGGUUCUUUAUCUGAGUACAUGGAGAGAACUGGUGCCAAUGGUGAUGCUGAUAAUGAACCUAAUGGCAAUAGAAAUGAAAACGGAAAUGCCAGUGGUAAUGAUGAGCCCACGAUUGAAGAUGAUGAAGAUGACGAUGAUGUCGAAAUGGAAACUAUCUUGUAA